AUAAAAAAGUCCUCAUUGUCAUUGACAAUGUGAACCAGUUAAUCCAAUUGGAAACACUAGUUGGAGGACGUGAUUGGUUUGGUUGUGGAAGUAGAAUUCUCAUAACGACUAGAGAUGAACAUUUACUGGCUGCCCAUCACAUAGAAAGUGUAUACAAGGUUCAACCGUUACAACAUUCCAGUGCUUGUAUGCUUUUGAGUUUGAUUGUUUUCAGGAAUCUUUCACCUCCUUCAGAUUAUGAAGAGCUUUCAAAUAACGUAGUGGAUAACACCAAAGGACUUCCAUUAGCUAUUAAAGUUUUGGGUUCUUUUCUUCGAAGUAGGAGCUUGCUUGAAUGGAAAAGGGCAUUAAAAAAAAUGAAGGAAGUUUUCAGUGGAGAAAUCUUCAGUUUGCUGAAAAUUGAUGGUCUAGAUGAUUAUCAGAAGGAUAUUUUUCCUGACAUAGCAUGUUUCUUCAUGGGAGAGUGUAUAAGUUAUGUGAGAAAAUUUUGGAAGAGCUGUGAUCUCUACCCGGAUGGUGGAAUUGCUGUUCUUAUAGAUAAGUUGCUCAUCACUAUUAAGUAUGGCAAGCUGGAGAUGCAUGAUAUGAUUCAAGAAAUGGGAAGAGAAAUUGUUCGAAGGGAAUCUCCCAAAGAUCCAGGGGAGCGCGACAUGUUGUGGUUCUAUGAGUAUGUGCUUCAUGUGCUAACAGAAGGCACGGGAACUAAUAGAGUGGAAGCAAUGAUGCUCAAGUUGGCUGCUCCUGAAGAAGUACACUUCAGUGCUCAAGCCUUCACAAACAUGAAAAGGCCCAGAAUUUUCCAUAAACCAUUCAGGCCACAAGAAAAUUGUACGUCUAAUCCCGAGUAAAAGCAGCAUCCGCAUAUUGGGGAAGGAAUUCUAGCUUCGAGAGAUUCUAGCUCUCCCGCCAAACAUAACAUCUUUACUUCAAAAGGUUGUGAAUCGUGGGAAACAUGUGCGGGUUUAUCACACAUGUUGGGAUAUAAUCCAAAUGAAUCACCUUGACUCAGAUAAAUUGACUUCUCUGGCUGUCACAAGAUGAUCCAGGAUCAAUGCUCCUACAAUUGUAAUAUGUUGUCAAUUGAGGCCUCUCUCUCCCCCUCUGCUGCCCCUCCCUUCUCUUCGCACAUGUGUUUGUGUGCUUGUGUCAAGUGUAAAAUGGUGUGAAAUGUUCCGAAUGGUAGGGACUACUUGGUGAGACAUGGGUUGACAUUUUUUAUCCAAGAAGCAAGAUCCCAAAGUGGUUUGUCCAUCAAAGAGAUUUCCUAUAUCUUCCGAAUUAUACCGUGAUAUAGGCCAAGCCUUAUGGUUGUGUAGAUUGUUUUUUCUCUUUACAGUCCGACCGCAUAUGGCGUGGGGAUUGGACUCAUAAUCGUUGAAUGAUGGCAGUCAUUUCACGGUACUGUGUCAAGCAUCAGAGAGGACUCAAAGAAGCUGCAGGGUGUAUCUAGUGUACGCACAAGGUAAGCAACUAAAUGACACAAAGAUUGACAAAGCGUCUGUCCUCUGAAUUCGAACACGGACGCAAGUUCCCAUGUCUGAAGCCGCGAAACAAAGGAAAGAUUUUCAGGCCGUACAACAUGAUUUGAAAUUAGCUUUCUUGUAGUUUUAGUUAGGCGGUUAUGUUAAAACCCUUUUGAAUAGCUUUGAUUGCGUGUCUCC